AUGCUAGGGAGCCUCGAUUGCAUGCAUUGGGCGUGGAAGAAUUAUCCAACGGCAUGCAAGACACAUACACUCGCGGCGACCAGAGGGAAUCGACCAUCAUCCUCGAAGUCGUCGCAUCUAUGGAUCUGGCAUGCCUUUUUUGGGACUCCUGCUUCGAACAACGACAUCAACGUGCUCAACUCUUCGAAGUUGUUCAACGACAUGAUGUUCACGUGCAUCAUUUUGCACAACAUGAUCAUCGAAGACGAAGGCGAGCAUGCAACGCAAUGGGAAGAAGAGGUCGUCAACGAAGCUUCGAGUACCGCCGCCGCAUCUCGUCCUUGUGCCGGUGUUCCGCCAGAUUUUCGUACAUUUGUGGCACGACAAGCAUCCUUGAAAGACGCGGAGAUGCAUGCUCGCCUCGCUUUGGACUUGAAGGAGUGCAUUUGGUCUCGUUUUAGUUUGAUUGAGCCCUAG